AUGUUCGCCAGGCAAUUCUUCCGCCCAGCCAAGCAGCUGCAACAGCAUGUGCGCCGUUAUGCGUCCGAGGCGCCCAAGUCCGGUGGCAACAACACGGUCCUGUAUGCGGGCGUGGCUUCUGCCGGUCUCGCCGGUGCCUACUUGUACUUGAGGGGCGGCGACGCUGCCUCGGGCCAGGCGGGCGCCGCGCCUCCAUCGGCUGAGGAGGGCAAGAUCCCCAGGUCGACAGGCGAGGUCAAGAAGGCCUUUACGGGUGGUGACCAGGGCUUCCUGUCGCUGGUGCUCGAGAAGUCGGAGAUUGUCAACCACAACACCAAGAAGCUGACGUUCAAGCUGCCCGAGGAGGACCAGGAGAGCGGCCUGCCCGUUGCCUCCGCCAUCAUCACAAAGUACAAGGGCCCCGACAUGCAGAAGCCCGUCAUCCGCCCCUACACGCCUAUCAGCGACGUGGACCAGAAGGGCACUGUCGACUUCAUUAUUAAGAAGUACCCCAACGGCCCCAUGUCCGAGCACAUGCACAACCUCGAGCCCGGGCAGCGUCUGGACAUCAAGGGCCCUAUCCCCAAAUACCAGUGGUCGGAAAACAAGUUUGACCACAUUGCCCUGAUUGCAGGUGGUACCGGUAUCACCCCCAUGUGGCAGACGGCCCGCGCCAUCUUCAAGAACCCCCAGGACAAGACCAAGGUCACGCUGGUCUAUGGAAACAUCUCCGAGGAAGACAUCCUGCUGAAGCGUGAGUUCGAGCAGCUCGAGAACACAUACCCCCAGCGCUUCCGUGCCUUCUACGUCCUCGACAACCCUCCCGAGCAGUGGCAGGGCGGCAAGGGCCACAUCACCAAGGAGCUCCUCAAGACGGUCCUCCCUGAGCCCAAGGAGGGCGACAAGAUCAAGAUCUUCGUCUGUGGUCCUCCCGGCAUGUACAAGGCCAUCAGCGGUGGCAAGAAGAGCCCCCAGGACCAGGGCGAGCUGGACGGCUACCUGAAGGACCUGGGCUACAGCAAGGACCAGGUAUACAAGUUCUAG